AAGAAGAGCUGCGCACACAAUGCACAGCACGGCUGACAAGGGUUGUGUCUGCCUCAUUUUCACCAUUAAUUCCCAGUUCCGUGGAAACUUGCGAAAGAGCAGCGGAGCCAUUCUGUAUUCCUCUCGCAAUAUGUGUGGAGUCCGAGCUCAGCGCGAUUGAGAGAUCGCUGAGCGGAAGCGGCGGUUCAACUUCUUCCAAAACAUUGGAUUAUAAGGAGGGCUUCAUGCAGAAGAAGACCAGCCCGACGGGGGCUCAAGUUCCGACACCCUGUAAAUCGAAAUCGAGGCUUUAAAAUUUGGGCCUCAGAGGUUUUUGUUGUUGCGAACGGAGAACGACGGGGGAGUUGUGUUUGAUAAGGCGAAAGAUUAAAGCUCUACGCUUGUUUCGCAGUUUAAAAUGUACAUAUGUAAUACUAGCCUUCCUUAAAAUCUGGGAGGUUCUUGCGGAAGGCUAACAGCUAGCUGCUGUGGUAGCGACGUUACGUCUUUCUUUUGAUGAAUUCAACCAUCACCAUCGGCCAUUAAAUCUUCAACAGGAGGAAUAUUUGCUCUUUUUGGCGGAUGGAUCUAAGUCCAGCUCUACAGCUCGACCUGUCAGUCUUUGGAGACAUUAUAAUAAUAUAGGCAUAUUAUUAGGUUCCGAGUAUAUAUAAUAUUGUAUCGCCUUAGCUAUGCUAUCCGAAACAGCUAAAAACCGAUUAACGAGUUCUAUUAGGCUUUGCUAUUUAUAGUUAGUUAGCUUGUUUAAUUAGUUACAUUCGUAUUCAUUAACUUUGUCUGUCAAUGUUAAACUUUGACAUUAAUGUUAAAUAUUAUUGGGAAUAGUAGGUUAUUGGCCUUGCUAGCCAGCUAAUCGUAUGUCAUUAUUGCUAAUAAAUUUGUCAGCGUGUACAGAAAAAAAAAAUCCAGAGAAAUUCGGAUUGGUUGCGAAAAGGAUUUCUGAUGAUGUUGCACUUUUAAAUUUGUAAUAUAUAAGCAAUCUGCUUUGGCCUGUCUGCCCCUUAUCUAGACUUGUCUUUUUUUGUUUACAUGCGUCUUGUUAGCUCAUAUUAGCCUCAGAGGAGACACUGUCAGCUAUGUCCUGACAUCUGCGUGACGUUCUGGAUGUUUGAUAUUCCUAUGUGGAUUUAAGUUUGUGUUCAUAUUUAGUGAAAUGACACUAAAAUUUCGCAAAAAGAAAGGCGCUGAUGCCAGCAGACUGCUGUCAGGGGACGGUAAAUAAUAGCCACUGGUUCCAUUAACGCCAUUUUAACAGGGGCUCCCUCUUAGGGCCUGUGUGUGGUGUGGUUGUUUUUCCCUUUUCCUUCUUUUAAAUUUACGGUUCGGUGCCUUCUGCCGGACCGGGACUGAAAUAAAGUGCCUUUGGUCCCAUUGGAGCUACAAAGGAAGGCGGCCUCCGACUAUGGAGGGUCCGAGCCGAAGCGCUGGAAUGAGAAAGAGCCGACGGUCCCGUUCGCAGCGCGACAGGGAGCUGAGGCGGCGGAGGAGAGUGAACCUGGCCGAGGAGCGGGCCACAUCCCUGUCCUCGGGCUCCGACCGAGAGGGACGCGGGACGAAUAAUGUCCUGGGUCCCGGUGGGAGAGAAUGUCGGCCUGUAUUUGGGCGACACAGGCCUCCGCGUCGGAGGAAGAGGGAGUCUGUGUCCUGCGAGGAAGACAUCAUUGACGGCUUCGCUAUUGCGAGCUUCAUCAGCUUGGAGGCACUGGAGAUGGACUGUUCCUUGAAGCCCAAUCAGCGCACUGAUAUGCUGGGAAGGCAGAACAAGAGGAAGAGGGGCCCAAGGAGCCCGCUCUCAGAGCCUGAGGAUGGGGCCCCGCACAGCUACUCCAGCAGCUACUUGAAGAGGAGAAGCAAGAGACGAAAGAUGGAGGGUUCUCAUUUGGAGACGGGCUACAUUUGCGACACAGAGAGUGACACUGGAGAUAAGGCCUCCGACAAUGAAAUGGAUCCAGUGUUCACAGUCAGCACCAGAAAAGCCGUGGAUCCAUCCCCUUCAAACUUGGCCACGGCGGGCAAAAGCUGCCCGCCUCUGUCGGCACGUUGCGGUGGCAUCUCGCGGCUCAUGGUGACCCCACGAGUGUCUGGCCUGGAGCGAAGUCAGGAGACAAGCCUGGAGCCGCACUUCCCGGAGCCGUUUUCUUCUUCUACCUCUCCUGGUCUCAUUUGCAUGUCUUCCCCCGUCACCGCCUCGGUCGCCGUCCCUCGGCCCAGCCCGGUCAACGGGAACGGCACUCGCCACAACGGGAGCCCGCCCCUUUCCAAGCCCAAACCGUACGGUUUGCCUCCUCGGUCUCAGUCCAUCUACAGCAGCAGCGGCGCUCCAGUCAAAACUCCAUCGUCUGCGUCGUCUGUCGCCACUUCCUCAGCCUCCAUGCGCCCUCCGACUCCUUCCACUAGCGUGUCUCUGCCCUACAGUCGGGGCUCGGGCUCUUCAGGGCCUCUCCGACCCCCGUCCCGAGCCAGCUCCGGGGCCUUGUUCACGUCUUCGCCCGGCCUGCCUCCACCGCCGCCUUUGCUUCCUCCCGCUCACUCAGCGGCUUCAGCUUCAUCCAGUUGGAGAAAACCCCAGAAACUCUGCUGUCGUCUCACAUCAGACAACUGUAAACAGCAGAAACAGUAUAGUGAGCGCGAGGGCAGACGCAGCGUUCCCGGGGCUGAGAACAACUCCGCGGCGGCGGGCCGCAACACCCCCGGCGGUCCGUCGGCGCCGAAUUCAUCGUCGAGCUCGUCGGGCAGGACGUCCCAGAACGUGCCGCCGUUGGCUUUCCAGUUCCAUCAGCACAACCACCAGCAUCAACACACGCACACCCACCAACACUUCACGCCCUUCCUGCACCCCUCGGCCACGGCGCCGCCGCUGUUUGAGAAGUUUCCAAGCAAAAUGGACGGACUGUACCGACACCCCUUCUUCCCACAGUACCCUCCACCCUCGGUUUCGAGUAUUCCGCCUGUUAUUCCUCCUGCCGGGCCCUUCGGCUCUUUGCAGGGAGCAUUUCAGCCAAAGCCUCUUGUCCCUCAGGGAACGGCUCCUGAUUUAACAGCACGACUCGGGGUUGUGUCUCACCACCUGCAGACCAAAGAUCACAGGCUAACUGAUCCAUUUGGGACGUCACUGAAAAUCAGUAAUAAACCAGGAAAAUGGUGCGCUAUGCAUGUUCAUGUGGCCUGGAUGAUUCUAAGCCAUCAGAGAAAAGUGAAGCUGAUGCAGGCCGAUCCUCACAAGUUGGACUUCCGAAGUGACCUGCUGUCCCGGUUUUCUGGAGCUGUGGGCCUGGGAGGAGCCUUGCCUCCGACUCAUGAUUUGACUAGACCUCCGAGUCUCUUCCCAGCUGCAGGCGCAGUCAAUCCCUCGUCGGCACCUUUCAUUUCCCCAUCAGCGCCGCCUUCCUCUUUCCUUCCACCGGCUGCACACUUGGAUCCUUAUGGUCGAUCCCCUCCGUUUGCUCCACUGGGAGCCCUUGGUUCUGGUGCCUUUGGAGGACUUGGCAGCCCAGCACUGGCCGGCUCUGUGUUUAGCCCUAAAGAACCCCCACCGAGCGCGGUUGGGGGCUUGCCCACCUCCAACCAUCACAUUGAGACAUGGAACCGUCUACAUGGUGGUCCGUCGAUGUUCUCUGGAGGUCCCUGGAUUAAAGAAAUGGACAGAAGGGAUGAGAGAGAUCGAGGGAAGGAUAUGGAGAGGAGAGACAUCCCACACAUUAAGGAUGAGAAGGACAGGGACAGUAUGCUAUAUGGCCGACAACCUGUGAGAAUGUCUCCAGUUGGUCCGCUUUUCAGGCCCCGCAGUAGCACCCCGGUCAACCACAUCAACGGCCACAGCAGCGCCCUGGGAGGGAGCGGUGGACCCAUUGAGGACCUGACGCGGAGCUUAAACAGAGACCGCGAGCGAGACAGAGAUGGAGACAAGAGGCCGUUGCCAACAAUGUCCUCGAGGGCUCCUCCACUUGGCUCUUCAUCUUUAGUAGCAGACAGAGAUAGGCCACGGUCUUCCUCAUCCUCUGUGCUCACCACGCCACCUCCCUCCCACCGCUCGAUCCCAUCCCCCUUGGACCUUUAUCCCCGCUCCCAAGCCCAAGCGGCACAUAACCUCCACAACGAUCAUUCCCAAAGAGACGGUAGCCUCCCUGCUUCUUCCGCAGCUUCUUCAUCCAUUUCGUCUUUGUCUCACGUCAAGAAGUCCGACCGCACCACGACGCCCGUUUCCAAACCUUCCCUCUCUCUGCCUACGGUUAAAGUCAAAGAGGAGAGGAAGGAGGAGCCAGAGCACAUCCCCAUCACCCAUCCACCUCCAGCACCCAGUCACACCUUUGACCGCCCCAACAGCCACCCACACCACCCCAGUUCUGGCACCCCUUCGUCCUGCUCUUUGUCGCUGACUCCUACUCCCGGGGUUCCACUCCCACCACCCACUCAUAAUCCCCCUCCUCACCAACCAGUGAUGGAACGCUCACGGCCGUUUGAAGCAAUCCUGGGAAGCACAGCAGGACUCCUAGUCGGUUCGGCAGGGGAGCGGUUUCCCCACGGACCGCCUCCGGGACAACCGCAGGGUCCGCAUAGCUUCACCUGGGACCCCUGGAGGGAAAUCAUGGCUCAUCAGCAGCAUCCGCAUCGGAGGGAGGCUUUGGCACUUCGGUCAGAUCCACACCUGGCCCUACGACACGAUCCACACCUGGUUCGGCUUCUCCAACAUCAAAGGCACAUGGUGGAGGCGGAGAGGGCUGCGGUUGUAGCUGCCGCGGCCGCAGCCGGACCUCCACACCCUCCCACAUCUACCUCCGCGGCUGCCUCCUCCGGCGUUCGCCCGGAGUUCGGCCUGAUACCCUUCGAUCGCCCGCCUCAGCUGGGACCCCCAGGCGGCGGGCUUCUAGACGAGGAGCAAAGAGCCCAGAUCCUGAGGGAAGACUUUGAGCGCGCUCGCUACUUUGCAAUGCACCCACACCUCCCUCACGGCUCCCAUCUCUCGAGCCCGUCGCACGCUGCUGCUGCUGCAGCCGCCGCCGCUCAUCUAGAGCAGCUCCAUCCCGGCCUUCUGCCUCACUCGCUCCCUUCAGGAGCCAGCGCUUCCCAGCACCACCCGAGCCUCUACUCCCGUCUCGGUCCCAUCAACCCACACCACAUGUCCAACGGCAUCCUGGCGAAGGACUUGGUGGGUGCUCUGUCGGUGGGGGCGCCGCCGCCGCUCAUUCCGUCCAUCGCCAGCCGGUCGGCCACGCCGCCGCGUACUUCGAGACUCAGAGGGCCGAGUGAGCUGGCGCUGUACAGCACCCACAAAGAUGGAGAGUCCAGAUAGUACUGGGACAACACUGGAGGAGGUGAAGGGAAAUGUCAGAAUCACUGUGCUGCUCUCAAACUGCCCCCCUUUUUCCUCUUGCAGACUACUAAAGCCCUGCCUUCCUAGUUACACAACCAGACCAGCUCCAGUCGUCACACAAAUUUAAAGAAAAGACAACAAAGGAAAAAAAAAAAAAGUGUAAACUUAUCUGGCUGGAGCUGAUGGUCUGGAUGAAUACGAAAGACUUGGAAUAUGCUCAGUGGCUUUAUCAGUGCAAUUUAAAGGUACAUGGUUUCUGUGCAUCCUUGAUGUAUUUUUUUUUUUAUAUGGACUGUUGGUUAUUACAGUGCUCAGAUUUUGAAAGCUGUAAGAAGAGGCAGAGGACAGCUCCCCCCCCCCCCAUUUAUCAGGUGAAUUAUAAUUCAUGCUCUUAGGCAAGCCUUCACAAGGUGGAUUGGGAAUGAUUUCCAGAGGGUUGCACACCUUAAAGACAUUCAUCCUUAACUUGGUUAACUUAUAAAAUGUUUUCAUGCUCUCUUCAACAUAAACCAGGUAUUUUAGAUGGGGCUUUAAAAAAAAAAAAAAAAGAGAGAGAGAAUAAAAAAAUUAAGAGGUAAAGUGGUGCUUUUUCCUUCCUUCUGGAUCCAUCGUGGUGAAAAGUCAGAUUCCUGGUGAGACCGUCUAAUUCUGAUCAUUAAACAUCUUACCUCAGUUUUCUGCUUUACCCUAACCCUCAUCUCUGCUCAUAAUGAGAUUCAUCCCUGUUCGGCGGGUUUUUCUUGUCAAAAUGAACUGUGCUGCGCUGUGUGAGUAAACGCAGCACUUUAGAGCUUCCUGUAACUGUUCUCCCAGUUUCCUCUCAUCUGUAAGAGCAGGUCCAGAUUAUAGUAGUCUAGAGAAAUUGCCUUUGUAAUUAUUAUACUUAACAUUAAUUAUCUUCUAUAAUAAUAAAUAUAUUCAUUGUUAUGUUAUUUGUCUUUGUUUGGUUACCAUCCAGCACUCUUUCCCUCCACCCCAGGCAGGAAAAAGGCUUGCUUCGUGGAACGCUUUUUAAAUGCUUGUGAACAUUAAGCCUUAUCCAUUGCAACCUCUGGCCUCUUCAAGGAACUGAGCUGCGACUAUUAAACUGAGAGCGAAGUUUGCCUGCGAGUCACUGGUUCUGUGCUAUCUGUUGGGACUGCGGGAGCCUUGUACAUUAAACUGUCGAGUUGGUUCAUCCACAAAAGUAAAUUAUAUACAUGGAUAAGUGGGACAUCUGCUGAAAAACUGAAAAAAAAUAAAAUAAAAUAGGGACUUGUGUCAAAAGGCAAUUAGAGAUGGUUGAUAUCCUGAGAGGGGAAAAGACUGGGUCGAUUAUUUUAAUAUGACCAUUUUAUACCUUUCAAACCCUCCCCUAGAGACCACAAAGAAUAAUUAUUAAAUGAAUUGUUGUCUA